UUCCGUCAUCGAUCGAUCGUCGGUGGCAACCGCUGACUCAGCCGCCCUCGGUUUUUCCAACUACUUUUCGGAAUACUCCAUGACAUAGCAAAGAAGCACGUUUCUACAACUAACAUGGCAUCAUCAAAAGAUCCUCCUUGAUAUCCUUCCGUUGGUCGGACGAUUCCUCAUUCCUCAUGCAUAACGCCAUCUAUAAUGGUGGUAGUCAUUCGAUAACUGCCAAAUACAGAUAAAAACCAGGCUCUACAGGGUCAUCAAUGAUCAGGGGCUUGGUCAAACACCUUCGCCCAGGCUUUAUAACCGAGUGUCCGUUUAACCAGGUGAUGAUCCUACGGUACAUUGAAUCCGGAUGUCUGCUUUACAAUAGGCAAAAGACAGUGCAGGCAAUCUCUACCAAGAGAUACACCACCCCCACGAAGUUCUAUUCUACUUCCCCGGCUACAGCCCCUCUGCAUUGCUUUAGACAAGCCCGUGGGCGAACUCAACUCAUCGGAAGACACAGGAGUUCGAAGCCAGUCGACAAUUGCCGGUUUAGAUAUGAAUGGGCUAUUCGCUUGGAUGCAGGACCGGCAUCUAAGCUGGUAGAAAGCGAUGGUCAGAUGUCCGGAGAAAUCAUUUUAAGUCAUCUUCGAUCUGCCUAAGCCGCCAUAUGUCAAUAUUCCAGCGGUUCGCAAGGACUUUUCAAGAACAAAUCCAAGUCAUCCCAGCAUAUCAUAACUGGAACCUCGCGUCUCAGGCGUCCGUACUUGAACAUUUCAUAUAUGCUAAACCCAAGAUACAGUAACUUGUUGACGAUUCCGAGUCGUGGAUUUUCUACAGCAAGAUUUCGAGCCAUCGGUUGGCGACGCUAUCGACCAGUGGCCACUUACAGGAAACCUCCAAAAGAGACUCGAUGGGUUUCAAGAAUUUGGACUUGUUUUCGCUGGUCUUGUCCUGGUUCCAAUCCUCUCUUUUCUUGUCCUGUCCUUCUAUCCGAUCUUACAUUGUUGAAUCAUUUCUAUGGCGUCCGACCACCCGAUCGCUUUACUUACCGUCGUUUCCUCGCCCUGACUCAAUUCUAAUCAAUCGUCUACUUAUUGUACCUUCGGAUGCUCCGUCCUCUCGCACGGAUGCCCCCAUUAUUUCCCUCUACCAGGCUGCUUAGGGGCUAUAAUGCGCUUUUCCUAGCGGGAACUCCAUACCACUUUCAGUAA